GACGCACGGACGUAUCAAUUUUUGUGUCCGUAAUCAAAAUGGCGGACCAGCCAAAAUUCAAGGGAGGCCAGCCGAAAGGGGAAAACUACCACAAUGGCGUAGCAACAGCUCCCGAAGAGAAUACUAAUAAGAGCCGAUCUGGGACUAAAAUGUCCAAAAAGGAUCGAAAAGUGACGAAACUGGAAAGUCUGACAAAGAAACUAGAGGCUGAGAAAGCAGAAAUGGCAGAGCAGCUGAAGAUUCUUCAAGCUGAAAUUAAAGCGAUAAAGUCCGCCCAAGAUGGCACGGCCACUGUUACCGUUGGGCCAUCGGAGGAAGAGGUUGAACAAGAAAGCGUACAUAUCGAGGUCUUACCGGGAACAACCAACACACACACGUUCCGGUCCAUAAUGAAAGAUGCUCGGCAUGGCAAUGGAUCUGCUAUUCAACAAAAUGAGAAAUAUGAAGAAGGAAGUAUUGAUUUCGAGACCGCACCAGGUGCAUCAAGUACUCACCGUUCGAAGUCCAUCGGAACAGCAAUGAAAUUCGCCCUGGAUGACAAUAGGCUGCCUGCAGCUUUAAGGCCAUCAUGUGAGAACGAUGUUGAAGACGGUAGCGUGGAAUCAGAAGUCGCAUCUGGUCCAUUUGCAAGAGUCUCGGUUUUUAUCAUCAGUGAACCAGCUGUCAAUAUCAUCAAUAGCAAUACCUGAAUGUAAGCCGGCUGACGGUGACGAUGAAAUACACCGGCGCACAUUUGAGAUGUGGAAGGACUUAUUAGUAGACUGCAUGGCCUUAGCAGGAAUUGAAAAUGAAUCAACAAAGUUCACGAUCUUCAAAGUAAAGGCCGGUCCACGUUUACUCACCAUUUUUAAGAACACGAAAACUAAUGCAGAAGCUCCGGACGCAACUACCAGUCCCUUCUCGAACGCCUUGUAUCGACUAAAACUUUACUUUGGGUCGGGAUCAGAUGUCAUGUUGCAACGGCGUAAACUUGCAUUGAUGGAACAAAAGAAGGAGGAAUCUGACCUUGCUUUCAUCAUCCGAGUGGGAGAGACUGCGCAACUUUGUGAUUUCGACAAAGCGAAGGAAUUCGAGGAGGCUGUUAAAACUAUCGCAGAACACGCAAGGUCUAAAGAAGUGAGGGUGGCGGCUCUUAAAAUGGUGAGUCGAAGCGGGACAUUCACGGAUCUAGUAGAUAAGGUGCGUGAAAUUCAGGCAAUACGCCUGAAUGAAGAGUUUUUCGCAAUCAAGCAUGGGCUGCGUGAACCAGCACCAAAAUCGGCAAUGGUUGCCCCAGUGAGCGCAGACCGUUCGAAGCCAUGGAUACCGAAAAAGAGUUUUACUCAAAGAGCAGACAACCGUUACUUUCCAUAUUCUCGAAACCAACGUAACCCACGGAACAACCAAAGAUUCGGGCAACAAACACAGUGGGGUGCGAAUGGUGUUGAGCCACCCAGACGUUAUACGCAAGAUAGAAGCGACUAUCGCCAAUCUGACAGAUGUUGGAGGUGCUUCAGCUUUUUCCAUCUACCAUCGGAAUGCGGAGCGGUGAAUCUCGUAUGUCGAAAAUGUGGGCAGUUGGGCCACAUACAAAGGGCAUGUCAGUCGAACCCAGGAAAUCAGAAGCGGGCAGCAUCCAAGGAAAUCUCGGAAAUCGAAGCGAAGGUUUCAAGAAACGAAGCCGUUGAAGAUAAGGUGGAAUCUACGGAACAAGUGAGUGAACAAUUCGAGAACUAACUAUUUUUGUAAGUGAUGUAGCCUUGCCUUACAUUACAAAUUAAUUUUAGUUGCAAUAAUUCUGCUACAAUAUCUUGAAAUUUAAAACCCUUUCAGAACUUUAGUAUUUAGGCUAUUUGAACUUCAAUAGAGGUUUGGGCAAAGCUUGUCAUUUACGCUAAGAG